AAAGCUUUAAAUGACGGAGGGCCUGUGAAAUAAAAAGGAAAAAAAGUGACACGAGCUGUCAGUCGAAGAACGGCGUGCGAGAGGCUGCAAACAUGCCUGAGCCCACAGGAGAACUGCCUCCGGCGGAAGCCGGAGAGAAUGUGCCGCAAGAGUUAACAGGACUGUUUGUGGAAAAGCCAGAAAGUUUAACAGCCGUCGCAGGUAAAGAUGCCUUGUUUGUGGUUAAGGUGGAUUCCACUACUUUAACCCGUAAACCCACCAUGAAGUGGUUGAAGGGCAAGUGGAUGGACCUCGGCAGUAAAGCAGGAAAACAUUUCCAGUUUAAAGAGACUUAUGACAGAAACACUAAGAUCUACACAUAUGAGAUGAAGAUUGUCAAGGUCGUCCCUGGAGAUGCAGGUGGAUACAGGUGUGAAGUAUCUGCUAAAGACAAAUGUGACAGCUGCACCUUUGAGAUCGAUGUGGAGGUCGCAGAACAAGAGGGGCCAGCAGAUAUUCUGUCUGCUUUCAAAAGAACAGAUGCUGGAGAAGAUGAAGGAAACCUGGAUUUCAGUGCUCUUCUUAAAGCCGCUAAAAAGACCAAGAAGCCCGAACCAGAGGAGGAGAUCGAUGUUUGGGAACUUCUGAAGAGCGCCCACCCCAGCGAGUACGAGAAGAUUGCAUUUAAAUACGGCAUAACUGACCUGCGUGGAAUGCUGAAACGACUUAAAAAGAUGAGAGUCGAGCCCAAGGUCAGCGAUGAAUUCUUGAAACGACUUGAGUCUACGUACUCGGUUAAUAAAGGAAAGAAAAUAGUCCUGACUGUGGAGUUGACCGAUCCUAAUGCAGAGGCCAAAUGGCUUAAAAACGGCCAGGAGAUCAAACCUUCUGCCAAAUACAUUAUGGAAGCGAAUGGAAACCUUCGAACACUCACCAUUAAUAAGUGUAGCCUGGCAGAUGAUGCCGCUUAUGAAUGUGUGGUCAGAGAAGAUAAAUGCUUCACUGAGGUCUUUGUUAAAGAACCUCCGAUUACCAUCACUAAACUGCUGGAUGAUUAUCAUGUUGUGGUUGGAGAGAGAGUUGAGUUUGAGAUUGAAGUGUCUGAAGAUGGAGCGCACGUCAUCUGGAUGUUUGAAAAUUUGGAGCUGACACGUGACGAUAAAAACACAAAGUACCGCUUUAAAAAGGACGGGAAACGUCAUUGGCUGAUUAUCCAAGAAGCUCAACUUGAGGACAAUGGGAUGUUCUACGUUUUCACUAAUGGAGGCCAUUCAAAGGGUGAACUUAUCGUUGAAGAGAAGGAACUGGAGGUGUUGCAAAGUUUUGCAGAUCUCACAGUUAAAUCGGCGGAGCAGGCGUUGUUCAAGUGUGAGGUGUCAGAUGAGAAGGUCACUGGAAAAUGGUUCAAAGACGGCGUGGAAGUUCAACCGAGUGACCGCAUCAAGAUUACUCAUGUUGGCAGGAUGCAUCGUUUGGUCAUUGACAACGUAAAGCCACAAGAUGCUGGCGAUUACACUUUCAUCCCAGACGGAUAUGCGCUUUCUAUAUCCGCUAAACUCAACUUCCUGGAAAUCAAGAUUGACUACGUACCUAGACAAGAACCUCCCAAGAUCCAUCUGGAUGUAGGUGGUAGCAAGGUUGCUCAGAACACCAUCAUUGUCGUUGCUGGAAACAAGCUGCGUCUGGAUGUGGAAAUCACAGGAGAGCCAGCACCAACCGUCUCCUGGAAGAAGCAAGACAAGCCAUUAACAGAAGUAGAGGGCCGUGUGCGUGUGGAGAACAAGAAAGACUCGAGCAGCUUCAUCAUUGAGGGAGCUGAACGAGAUGAUGAGGGAAACUACUCCAUCACAGUCACCAACCCUGCAGGAGAAGACAAGGCCAACCUUUACAUUAAAAUCAUAGAUGUUCCUGAUCCACCCGAGCAUGUGAAGUGUACCGGAGUUGGAGAAGAUUGUGCCACUAUUAUAUGGGAGCCUCCAAAGUAUGAUGGAGGAGCACCUUUAAAAGGAUAUCUGAUGGAGAGGAAGAAGAAGGGCUCAUCUAGAUGGACGAAGCUUAAUUUUGAAGUUUUUGAAGAGACGACAUAUGAAGCCAAGCGUAUGAUUGAGGGCGUCCUGUAUGAGAUGAGAGUUUUUGCCGUCAAUGGAGUCGGCAUUUCGGCUCCCAGUGUUCAUUCCAAACCGUUUAUGCCAAUCGCGCCCACCAGCGAACCCACCAAACUGACGGUGGAUGAUGUGACAGACACGACGUGCACACUGAAGUGGUUGGCUCCUGAGAGGAUUGGAGCUGGAGGCCUGGAUGGAUACAUGAUAGAGUUCUGUAAGGAGGGUGAAACGGAGUGGCACCCUGCAAACACCGACCCAGUCGAGCGUCAGAGUUUUAUGGUGAGAAACUUGCCCACCGGUGAGAAGGUGAAUUUCCGUGUGGUGGCUGUAAACAUCGCAGGCCGCAGUUCACCUGCGCUGCUCAGUCAGCCGGUCACCGUCAGAGAGAUUAUGGAACAUCCCAAAAUUCGUCUUCCUCGUGAGCUCAGAACCAAGUACAUCAGAAAAGUUGGUGAGAAACUCAACCUUCUCAUCCCCUUCCAGGGAAAACCUCGACCUCUUGUGCAGUGGUUUAAGGAUGGACAGCCCGUGGAUGAAAAGAAAGUGGGUGUCAGGAAUACAAACGUCGACACCAUCCUUUUCAUCCGCUCUGCUGAGAGAGAACAUUCAGGAAAAUACACGCUUGUCGUAAAAAUCGAGAAUAUGGAGGACACGGCCAACAUCGAUAUACGCGUCGUAGAUAAACCUGGAGCUCCAACCAAGGUGAAUGUGACCGAAGUCUGGGGUUUCAAUGCGGCUUUGGAAUGGACAGCACCCAGAGAUGACGGCAACACUGAGAUCACUGGAUAUACAAUUCAGAAAGCUGACAAAAAAACUAUGGAGUGGUUUACCGUCUAUGAACACAAUCGACGCACUCACUGUACCGUCUCUGACCUCAUCAUUGGAAACGAGUACAUGUUUCGUGUCUACAGCGAGAAUCUUGUUGGUCUCAGUGAAGAUCCCUGCUUGAGCAAGAACACAGCCGUCAUUUCUAAAACCGAUAUGGCACAUAAAGCUCCUCCUUACAAAGAAAUGGAUAUGAACUGUGCUCCGAAAUUCACGGCUCCUCUGGUUGACAGAUCUGUGACUAUGGGUUACAGUACAGCCAUCAGCUGCGCAGUCAGAGGUUACCCGAAGCCCAAGAUUAUCUGGAUGAAGAAUAAGAUGAUCAUAGGCGAUGAUCCAAAGUUCCUGAUGCAGAAUAAUCAGGGAGUUGUGACUCUAAACAUCCGCAAGCCCAGCACCUUUGACAGUGGAAAAUACACCUGCAAGGCCGUCAAUGAACUGGGAGAAGAUGCGGUGGAAUGUAAACUGGAAAUCAGAGCUACACCCCAUGAGAAGAAGGAAUAAUAUAAAUGGAAAGCGCUUCAACAACAGUGAUGAAAUGAAGGGGAAAUGACAUCUAUUGAAAAUAAUAAACUUGUGUUUUAAAAUCA